CCAUUCUCCUAGAGACUCAUCCUAUUGCCCUUGUUGCGAAAUUAUGGUGCAGACGGUUCGCAUCUGUAUGCUUAACGCCGACCUACCCGUCCCAAACGUCCACGCCCAGAAAGCCCCCACCUAUGGCAGAAUAUUUCACGGUCUCCUUUCGGCCGCUGCUACUCAGAAAGUACCAAAAACGAUAAUCGAAUCAUCCGAUUAUGAUGUUACAAGAGGCGAAUAUCCACCGUCGUUGAUAGAGUACGACGCAAUUCUCAUAAGCGGUGCCGUAGAUGCGGCGUACGAUGACGUGGAGUGGAUACGGAGACUAGACGACUUUAUUCUGGAUGUAUACCGGAAUCAUCCCCGGGUCAAGAUAUUCGGCAGCUGUUUUGGCCAUCAGUUGAUAUGCCAAAGUUUACUGAAAGAUUUUGGCGUGAGCGUUGGGAUUGAUCCAAAAGGAUAUGAGAUUGGAGUGAAAGAAAUCACACUACACAAACGAUUCCUCGAGACGUUUGGAAAGAAGCAUCAGCUGCAGGAGAAGAUACGCCUUCAAUUCGUGCAUCACGACCAUGUCGUCAUUCCCACGCCAAACACCCUGCCACAGUCGUGGAUGACACUAGGGAGUACCGAACAUUGCUCGGUGCAAGGCAUGUACGAGUCCGGUCGCGUCCUCACGUAUCAGGGUCAUUUUGAGUUUGACAGAUUCGUGAAUCGCGAGACGGUCAGGUUCUUUUUCCCUGCCUGGGCACCGGAAGCGUUGGACGAGGCGAUGAAAGCUGUGGAUGCGGAUGAUGAUGCGGACGUGGCUGCUGCAAUGGUGCUAGACUUUUUCUUAGAGAGGGGCGUUGCCAAUAAGGAUGCCCCAGAGUGUCAGAUGACUGGAGGACUACUUACACCGCCUUAUGGGGAGUAGAAGUGGAUGGUUUGGACAUCAUGGUUAUACGAAGAAUGCUUCUUGUAGAGCAGCCUAUACAUUUUCUGUAGAUCCGUCAUGUACCGCCAAGAUGUCUGCAGGAGGAACAAUAAGCUCUCCUUCCUCGUUGUAUGCUCUCCUAAAUCUUGGUCCCUGGUUGCAGAGCGUCGAUCCACGUGAUUGGGUGUACUUACUUUCAGUCGUCAAGUAGAGUACCAUGUGGUUCACUAGGGGAGCAAUACCAAGGCUAUGGCCGAAGUCUUGGGGUGCUUGUUGUGUCUUGCGAUAUUGGAGUAAAGUUUGAUAAAGACUAGCCAGGCGACGUUCGGGGCG